GAAAUCCCCAGCUUCGUGUGUGUCCUGGUUAUUUCCUGUUGUUCUUUAUUUGGAUGAAUAAAGACAGUUUCAUGAAUCUCCUUCGUCUCCAACGCAGUAGCUGCGCGUGACAGAAUACUGGAACCCAAAAGAAAAUAGUUUUUGUUUUCUUCUGUUUCUCCCCGCAGCAUGGAAGCUGCUCUGAUCUCCGCCCUACCCCGCAGAGAUCUCCCUUUCUACGAGUUCACCGAGGAAUUCUGUGGGCUCACGGCAUGUUUGGCGCUGGACGACGCUACUAUCAACACUCUGUUCUGGCAAAGGGGCCAACCACCAUUGCCCCGUGGACCUCCCAGACACCCGGGAGUGUCCGGGCCCGAGCCAGAACCAGUCUGUCGCCAGUCCCGCCUACAGUUCGUCAGGCAAGUCUGUCCAGCCCGCCGGCCGCUUAUCAGUCAAGUUCGCUGGCUGUUCAUCUGUCUAGUCCGCUGUCUGUGGCUAACCCAAGCCCGCUGGCAGCUCGUCAGUCAAGUCAGCCGGCUGCUCACUCAAGCCCGCCGUUCGUGGGGAAGUCAUGCCCGCUGCCACUCGCGGUUCACUCAAGCACGCCAUCCACCUCACACAUGCCCCUAGGAAUGCUGGUGGAGUAUGAGGGGAUGUCGUGGGCUCCAGAUCCAGAGCGCCCUCUAGUGACAGCUCCUCAAGGGUUAGCUCCAGUGUCGGCUCCAGCCCCAGAGCUCACUCCAGUGCAGGCUCUAGCCCCAGACCAGAGUCAAGUCAUGUAUCCAGAAAUAUUUUCCACAGGAACCAUUCUUGUUGGUCUUGUCAUGUCUGUUGGGGUUCCUGAGAAGUGGGCUGCUUCUCUCGUCAUGGCUGCGGAGGCCAUUCCCAAGCCGCCUGCUUCUCCAGUUGCCUCAAUAGAAGCGGUUCCUGAGUGCACCCCUGAAGAGGUCCCUGUCACCCCAUUCAGCCCAAGGAGGUGCUGUGGGUCUCAUGUCUGGCCCAGAGGAGGCCUCCGUUUCCGUGCCCAGCCCGGUAAGGGCUCAAGUUCCUGUGGAUAACCCUGAGAGGGCUCCUGACCCCGUAGGUUUCCCCAAAGAUUUUUUUUUGGGGGGGGGUAGUAGGGUUCCGGCUGUAAUGGAUGGGACGAGGCCAAGGCCAUGGAGGUCUGCCUGAUCCCCUGAGGACACCCACCCCCCAGUUGUACUGUUACAUUGCGGGACUCACCAUCCAGGAGGGGGGCAAUCUGUCACAUGUGUGUUCCUGUUUUGCCCUUAUCUGGUAGUUCCUGUUCUUAUUAGUUAAUUAUUGGUUAAUCCGUGUCAGCUGUGUUUAGUUAUCUUGUUUAGUUUGAUUAGUAUUUAAGUCCUGUUUGUCCCUUAUUCUGGAUUCCGGUAUUGUUCGUCAAAUCCCCAGCUACGUGUGUGUGUCCUGCUUAUUCCCUGUGGUUCUUUAUUUGGAUGACUAAAGACAGUUUCAUGAAUCUCCUUUUGUCUCCGAGCUCCAUCUUCA